GCCAAGCCCCCCAAGGAGGAGGACGAGGACCUGGGCACCCGCUACGUGCGCACCGGUGAGCGGCCGACCAACUUCAUAAAGAACAACGAGCCCCACCUGCGCUACGUGGACCAGCCCAAGGCCAAGGACCUCAUCAACCUCAAGACCGAAAUCAUCGCCCGGCGCAACCACCCGCCCGUCUACCUCAAGGAGGACCUCAAGAAGUUCAAUCUGAGGGGACUUGGCAAAUUCGACGUCAUCCUGGUCGACCCUCCUUGGGAGGAAUACGAGCGCAGUGUCCGGGGCACGGCCAUGCACCGCCUCCGUCCUGAGAAGUACCGUUCCUGGUCCAUGGCGGAGAUCGCCAAGCUCGAGAUCGAGCAGCUGGCCGAUGUGCCUUCCUUCAUCUUCCUGUGGGUGGGCAGCGAACACCUCGACGACGGCCGCGAGCUGUUCGAAAAGUGGGGCUUCAAACGCUGUGAGGACAUCUGCUGGGUGAAGACCAACCUCAAGCGGCAGAUCGACGAGUCCCUGCUCGAGCGCGAGGACAGCUGGUUCCGAAGAGUCAAGGAGCACUGCCUUGUCGGGCUGAAGGACGAUAACAAGAAAGGCUCGGACAACAACUUCAUCCACCCCAACAUCGACACCGACGUGGUCAUCCACGAGGAGUUCGAGUUCGGCAGCCUCCAGAAGCCUGAGGAGGUCUACGAGAUCAUCGAGCGGUUCUGUCUCGGGAGGAAGCGCAUUGAACUGUUCGGAGAGGUCCAUAAUAUCCGCAAGGGCUGGUUAACCGUCGGCCUCGGGCUGCCCGAAAGCAAUUUCAGCGAAGAGUAUCACAGCUGGUUUGAGGGCGACUAGCAGUACCCCGCCAUCAAGGACUACCGAGGCGGACGGAGGAUCGGCUCCACCCCUGAAGUCGAAAACCUACGGCCGAAGAGUCCGCCCAAGCAGCUGGCCAGCACCCAGCCCUCGCAGUCGACCAUCACCCGCCUCUGA